CCCACGAGAGGUCUACCCAUCAACAGUUGCAAUGGCGACUAGCAAAUUUCGUGCUGUGAACAUCCUUGGAAAACAAUUCAGACAAACUUCAAUUCGGCAUGCAAUUCCGUUUUCAACCGCCUCCAAAUUGUUGAAAAACCCGGUGGAAGUCGUUAUUCCCACUCAUACUGGGCAGAAAUGGGAUGAAGCUGAUUUCCGCCUUGUUCGGUUCGAAAAUGCCUCCAAAGAAGUCAAUACCCGCUUUGCAAUUGAUCUAAUUGCCCAGGUUCCACCAAAAGAGGUUAAGUCACGGAUUGUCUCUUGUGAUGGAGGUGGUGGGCCUCUAGGACAUCCAAAAGUUUUCAUUAAUUUGGAUCAACCUGGCAAUCACUCCUGUGGGUAUUGUGGGCUUCGCUUUCUUAAAGCAGAUGAACAUCAUCAUUAAAAAUGAGAGCUCAAGUUUGUAGAGCAAAAAUUAUUAUAAAUAAAAAUAGUAUUGUCUGAGUAA